AUGCUUGAAAAUCAAACUUGGAUUUCUGAACUGGCUUUUUGUGUUGACAUAUUGAAGUAUAUAAAUGAAAUCAACAUAAAACUACAAGGUAAAAAUCAACUUAUUCCUGAUAUGUGGUUUCAUAUUAAAUCUUUUGAAAUGAAACUGAAGCUAUUACAAACUCACAUUGAAAAAAAUGAAUUAACACAUUUUCCGAAUUGUAAAAAACUUUUUGAAUCGUCAGAAUUUUCAUUAUCAAGAGUUAAAUUUGUUGAAGCUAUUUCGAUACUUCAACAAGAAUUUAAUAAUCGAUUUCAAGAUUUCAAACGACAUUCUCAAUAUUUUCAACUACUCGCCAAUCCGUUUAAUAUUGAUGUUGAAGAUAUACCUGUUGAGCUUCAAAUGGAAAUAAUAGAUUUGCAGCCACAAGAUAUCUUAAAAGACUCAUUUAAAGCAUCGCCUUUACUUUUUUUCGCUGAACUUCCUGCAUCAUUUUCAAAAAUUAAAAAUAUAGCUGCGAAAUACUUCAGUAUGUUUGGAUCCACUUACGUAUGUGAACAGGCAUUUUCUCAUAUGAAAAAAAUUAAAAACCCAUACCGUUUACGCUUAACCGAUGAUCAUCUCCGCCGUGUACUUAGAGCCAGCACAAGUAAUUUUAAUGUGGAAAUUGAAAAAAUAAUAAACAAUAUCCAACAACAAAAAUCACAUUAA